CGAUUGUGAUUUUGUCCAAUCGCCGACAAACACAUUUUUUUACUUCUCAUUGUUAUUGAAAUGUUUUUUUCAAAGCGAGAAACGUGCACAACCGCCGAUCACCAAAACUAUUGUUUUUCUUAGCAGCAGCGCAGAGAAACGCCGUGCGCAGAAAAACACCGUGCGCAAAAAAAAACGUCAAAGCAAACAGUUUCGAGAUGUUUGCAUUUUUCUGAUGUUAUUGGCAACAACAAUAAAAAACUAACCACGUUUGAUAUUGAUUUGUUUUGAAUACAUGGUAAGAGAGGAGUAGGGGGUGAAUAUUUGAUCGAAAACGUUUAAAAACGGUCUGAACGGGCUCGCAUUGCCUUUUAUUUUCUUCUUUUUUAUUUUUCCCUUGUCUGACUUUCUUUAUUUACUUUCCGCUCUUUUUAUCCUCAAACAACAACCUAUCAUCCAUUAACCAUGACUACCGACUGGUCCAACCGUGAGCUUCCCAACACCAUCUGCCUGUUCGACGUCGACGGCACCCUGACACCUGCUCGCGGCGUUAUCACCGCCGAGAUGAAAAAGUGCCUCGAGGACUUGCGCAAAAAGUGCGUAGUGGGAUUCGUUGGCGGCUCUGACUUUGUCAAGCAGAAGGAGCAACUGGGCGAUAACGUCGCAGACAUGUUUGAUUUCUGCUUCUCGGAAAACGGCCUAACCGCAUUCCGCAAGGGCAAACCCCUGGCCUCCAACACCUUCCUCCAGUACCUCGGUGAGGAUCGGUACGCCAAGUUGGUAAACUUCUGCCUCCACUAUAUCGCCGACCUGGACCUGCCCCAGAAGCGCGGCACUUUUGUUGAGUUCCGUCAGGGUAUGAUCAAUAUCUCGCCCAUCGGUCGUAACUGCUCGAGGGAGGAGCGCAAUGCUUAUGAGGUUUUCGACUUGAAGCACAGGAUUCGCGAAAAGUUUGUUGAGGCGCUGAAGAAGGAGUUUGAAGACUACAAUUUGAAGUACUCGAUUGGCGGGCAGAUCUCGUUUGAUGUGUUCCCCAUUGGCUGGGACAAGACCUAUUGCCUGCGGCACCUGGAGGGUGAGGGCUUCACCAAGAUCCACUUCUUUGGCGACAAGGCGUUCAAGGGCGGCAAUGACUGGGAGCUCUACGAGCACGAGGCCGUCACCGGUCACUCCAUCAAGAACCCCAAGGAGACCCAGGCCCUCCUCAAGGAGAUCUUCCACAUCUAAAUUGUUUUCGAAUAAAGCUGUAUCUCAACAAAGAUUGAACCCAUUUUUUUAAUACCAAUUAUAAUAUAAAUACAAGUUUUGAACAAAA